AUGACCAACUCAGGUCAAGAACAUGAAAUUCAUUACAAUCUCGUCGAGGACGAUGAAUUCGAUAUUGUGAACAUCGUAGUUGAAGACGUGGAUGGAAUCCAUGGCGCUGGCGCAGCACCAUCCGUGUCCGUGAUCGAGGAGCUUGAUGCGCCUAAGAGCGGUCUCAUUUACCUCCGAGGCUUCGAUGAACCACUCUAUCCAUACUCGGACCAGGGGCCACCGUUUCGGCAACAACGACAUUUCUUCUACCUCAGCGGCGCCGACUUCCCCGGUUGCGCAGUCACCUACGACAUCCCCCGCCAGGAGCUGAUCCUUUGGAUCCGCCGUAACGACCCACGCCUAUCCCUAUGGUACGGCACCACCCCCUCCAUCGACGAAUCCAAAUCCAAAUCCGACGUCUCCGACGUCCGCUACAUUGACGGCCUCACCGCGUACCUCCAUGCCGUCCUGACUCCCGAAACCGGCGGCGGCGGACCUCUUUACGUCCUCUCCCCCGACCAGCUUCCCAAACUCUCGCCCUCGCCACCGCAAUACAGCUUCUUCAAGGGCCUCCAUGGAACCGGAUCUAGAGGACUAAAAAUCGACACUACCUCCCUCCUCCCCGCCAUCGAAGCCGCGCGCGUGAUCAAAACCCCGCACGAAAUCUCUCGCAUCCGGCGCGCCGUGGGCCUCACCUCGCUCGCGCACCGCAUGGUCCUUCAACGGAUCAAGCACCUCACUAACGAGCGCGAAGCACACGCCGUCUUCGAAGGGUUCUGCAUCUCGCAGGGCGCACCGCACCAAUCGUACGCGGUCAUCGCCGCUUCGGGCCCCAACGCUAGCACGCUGCACUACGACGCCAACGACGAGCCGCUGGAGGGGAGGCAGACCAUGUUGUUGGACGCGGGCUGUUUGAACAGUCAAAGAGUUCCGGGGUUUCAAGAACCAAGAAGGCGCAUGAAGAGGGAACAAGUCACCCCCGAGGACUUGGCGGCCAUGUAUCGCGAGGCGAUGAUGGAUAGGGAUGACGUUGAGCAGAACGUCGUCGGGCCUCCACCUUACAAGGGGAGGCAAAGACUCAGGGAAAAUAUGGUCGUCACCAUUGAGCCUGGAAUUUACUUCCACCGCCCCUACAUCCAAUCCUUCUUCCUCUCCAACCCCGACCACGCAAAGUACAUCAACACCAAGGUACUAGACAAGUACUGGGACAUUGGCGGCGUGCGCAUCGAGGACUGCAUCCUGGUCACCAAGGACGGGUACGAGAACCUGACGACGGCGCCCAAGGGUAAGGAGGCAUUGAAGAUCAUUAAUGCGGGGAUCCCUGGGUUUGGCGGUGAUGGUCAGGCUGGCGGUGGGAGCUCGUAGGUAGGCGCGGACGGAUUGUGUGUUUGUGUGUGUGUGUUUGUGUGUGUGUGUUUGUGUGUGUGUCAGAGAGGGGGAGAAAGAGAGGGAGAAAGAGGGG